AGGGGAGAGACUAUUUUCAUGGCUUUUCGUGGAGGUGCAAAGCGUUCUCUGGGUUCAAUCCUGUGUAGCAGGGUGCUGCCGAACACUAGCUAUACUUCUUCCACAGCUUCCGCUGCUUCUUCUGCUGCUAAUGGGCGGGGGUUUUCUACCUGGGUUUCGAGCAAAAGGGCUUCAUUUGCCCGCGCCGCGGAGAUUCCGGCCUCAUUUCCUCCGAAAUUUGCCAGUACCCGAUGUGGGUCUGCUCUCUUUCUUAGAGGUUUCAGCGUGGAAGCUUCUUCUGCUGAUCAAAUGAGUCUCAUUAAGCAGCUGAGGGAGCGAACCAGUGCGCCGAUCAAAGACGUUAAGGCUGCUCUCAUUGAUAGCAAUUGGGACAUUGAGGCUGCUCAGAAGGAAUUGAGGAGGAGAGGGAAGGUUUUGGCGUCGAAAAAGUCAUCUCGGAUGGCUGCCGAGGGCUUGUUGGCACUGGCUCAGAAUGAGAACAAGGCUGCUGUUAUUGAACUUAACUGUGAGACUGACUUUGUUGCUCGAAAUGAUAUCUUUCAAUACUUGGCCUUAGCUUUAGCAAAGAAAGCGUUGCUGGUUGAAUGUUCUUCUCAACUGGUUUCUGGGGUCUUAAACAUUGCCUCCAAGGAUUUGGAGGACUUGAAGUUAGAUCUUGGACAUCCAAAAGUUAGUGGAGAAACAACUGUUCAGAAUGCAAUUACAGAAGUAGCUGCAGUAAUGGGGGAAAACGUUAAACUUAGAAGGGGUAUUGUGAUGUCUACAUCUUCACAUGGUGUUGUUUCUACCUACCUCCAUACAAGUCCUCAACCAGGUUUAGGUCGUAUUGCUGGAGUUUUAUCUCUUGCAGUAGAGGACAAAAUUACUCAAUUGGAUCCUAUCCAGCGCAUUGGUUCACAAUUGGCAAUGCAUGUGGUGGCAGCGAAGCCUUUGUUCUUAACAAAGGAACUCGUUUCUUCUGAUGCAUUAGAAAGUGAGCGUGAAAUUCUUAAGUCUCAGGCUGAAAGUACAGGGAAGUCUCAAAUGGCAAUAGAGAAAAUGGUGGAAGGUCGCUUGCGCAAGUACUAUGAGGAAGUUGUCCUUAUGGAGCAGAAGUUUAUUAUGGGCGAUACCAUAACCAUAAAGAAACUUUUAGAAAAUCUGUCUAAGGAAGUCGGAUCACCUGUGAAGAUUGAGAGCUUUUUCAGGAUGGAAGUGGGAGAAGGAAUUCAGAGGCUAGAAGCAUCUAGUACAUCGGAACAUGUGGCUCAGGCUAUUUGAGGAAAUGGGGGACGUUCACCAUGGAAAAGUAGAGUUUAGUUUCAAACGGACCCUUAGAAAUGGGAUCGGGUUUGUGUCUCUUGAUUUUUGCAGGUCCUAAUGCUCUGAGUCUGAGAUCUUACAAACAGCAUGCUUGUGCUCACAAACGGUAGUUAUGGCAAUGUCCGAAUGAGGUAUUUUUGUUGGAUUGAUGUUUGCAGGCUCUGAUGUAUUGAGAGUUUGAAGUGCCACUUACAAAUUUUGCGACGGAUGUGAGAUUAUUUAACCUUUUGCCAACAAAAAAGAUAGUAAUAAUGGAAACCCCAAUGGUUAAUAUUGACCUA